AUACACUCUCUCUCAUCUCUCAGUGGUGGCAACCUGGCAGGAAUGCAUGUUCCUCUAUCAUCAAAGUGACGAGGGCUGAGACCUUUCCUCAAAUCUCUAAACCCUAAUUUCCCCUUUCCCUUUGAUCUCCAAAAGUACUAAUUCCAUACCCCCUGUUACCUGCAACCCCAGCUCCUGCAUUACCCCAAUCUCUCUCUCUCUCUCUCUCUCUCUCUGUUCUGAGCUCUGCAACUGUGUUCCCCAUUCCCGUUUCUCUCUCUCUCUGGAACGUUAUCCCCAAUCUCCCAUUAUCUAGCUUUCCACCACAUUUUCUGGGAUCUCCAUUCUACCUCUGCUACAUUAUCCCCUGUCUCCCUUCUCUGUCUCUGCAACAUUAUUCAAGAUUUGCCCUUUUUCUCAUUGUUUCCAAACUCUUUACUCUGCAACAUUCCCUUAGUCUCUCUCUCUCUCUCUACUUUUUCACAGAUCGGAUCCAAACCCACUUCUACACUGAGAGCAUCCCCCCUAGAGCUUUAAUGGCGGGCCUUCAUUCCAAAACUAGCUAGAUCCUGUAACGAUGCCCUAGGGUUUCGCCACCGGCUGGAUAAAGCAGAAGCAUCGCCGGUCAAAUAUGAAAUCCAGCGACAAGGAAAUCGAGAAAUUGGUCAUCUGGGACCAGAUGGCCACCUCAAACAGGAGCCCCGGCUCCAUUACGAGCAAUCGAGUGAGCAGCCUAACAAAACUCAUGGCCUGGCUCAUUAUCGCCAUCUCCAUGACCUACGUCGUCUAUUCUCUAAACCUCCUCCUCAACUCUCGUUCCUGUCUCCCCGUCCAUUCCUCUAACUCUGUAAAAUCAUCCAUUAUGGCCUCAGAUUCCAGCAACUCAUCUCAGAUCCGCAAAAAUAACCACCCACCGGAAAAGGCGCCUGAAAAUCACAAGACCACCAGUCUCAGCCACAUCAUGUUUGGAAUCGCCGCUUCCGCCUCGCUUUGGGAGCAACGAAAAGAGUACAUAAAGCUGUGGUGGCGACCUAGUGAGAUGAGGGGAGUCGUUUGGCUCGAUCGGACGGUCAAGAUCAAGAGGGGCGAGGGCCUGCCGACGGUCAAGAUCUCGGGGAACACAUCGGGAUUCGCCUACAAGAACCGACAGGGCCAUCGGUCGGCGAUUCGGAUAUCGAGAAUCGUUUCCGAGACAUUGAGACUUGAUGGGAUCGAAGGGGUACAUUGGUUCGUGAUGGGCGAUGACGACACUGUGUUUGUGGUCGAUAAUUUGGUUAGGAUUUUGUCCAAAUACGAUCACAACCAGUUCUAUUAUAUCGGGAGCUUAUCAGAGAGCCAUUUGCAGAACAUAUACUUCUCCUAUGGGAUGGCUUAUGGUGGUGGAGGCUUCGCCAUUAGUUAUCCCCUCGCGAAGGCUCUGUCGAAGAUGCAGGAUCGCUGCAUACAGAGGUAUCCGGGCUUGUACGGGAGCGACGACCGGAUGCAGGCAUGCAUGGCGGAGCUUGGGGUGCCCCUCACCAAAGAGCCAGGCUUCCAUCAAUACGAUGUGUAUGGAAACCUCUUCGGCUUGCUCGCGGCGCACCCAGUAACCCCUCUGGUGAGCCUGCACCACCUGGACGUGGUGGAGCCCAUCUUCCCAAACGUCACACGUGUAGAGGCCCUGAGACGCUUGCAUGGGCCCAUGAAGGCGGACUCAGCCGGGCUCAUGCAGCAGUCCAUAUGCUACGACCGCACACGGGAGUGGUCCUUCUCUGUUUCGUGGGGCUACGCCGUACAGAUAUUUAGAGGGGUGUUUUCCCCCAGAGAGCUGGAGAUGCCUUCUAGAACCUUCCUGAACUGGUACAGGAGGGCCGAUUAUACGGCCUAUGCUUUCAACACGCGCCCCGUGUCCCGCCACCCGUGUCAAAAGCCGUUUGUUUUCUAUUUCGAUUCGCUUAGAUACACAACCACCCACGAUACACAGGCGAUCACAGUGACUCGGUACUCCAGGCACAGGGUCCCCGCUCCCGAGUGCAGGUGGAGGAUGGUGUCUCCUGCGAAGAUCGAGUGGAUCGAGGUUCGCAAGAAGCCCGACCCUUUGCUUUGGAACAAGUCGCCUAGGAGGAAUUGCUGCAGGGUUAUGACGGAGAAGGAGGUUGGGGCCAAAGGAGUGAGCAUUGAGGUGGGGGAAUGUAGAGAUGGAGAGAUCAGCGAGUUAUAGAGAGAGAAAGAAACAGGGUAGGAGAUGAUGGUUCUAGGUCAUUAUAGAAUAAAAAAAAGGAUUACAUUUAUGAAAAUGGUUAGCUAAUCUGCUUGCCGUGUACGAUAGUUUUUUCACAGUCUCCUCAUUCCAUUGAUUAAUGCCAGGGUUCUUUUGUGUUCCCAUGUACGUGUGUGCCAUAGUUUAAGCCUACCUCAUUAUUGCGGUGAAGUAUACAACAACCGUGUAUGGUACACCUUAGGGUGCCUGCCGUCCUUUUUUUUUUGACGGAGUGCACUCCUCUAAAUAUUUAGAGCCACACUCAAUUUCCUAUCUA